GAUUUUGGUUCCCAAAAUGUAUGGAGCCGGUUAGGCCAGAGAUAUAAAACCCUUGGGCACCGAUCUACUUAAAACCCACUCACACUACUUUAUCCUCAUUCCUCACACUCUCACCUUACCAACGACCUAUUAUCCUUUGCUCUUCAAUCAACAUGGCUUGCUCUGCUGCGUCCACUGCUCUCUUCUCCUUAAACCCUAAGUCUUACUCCUCCUCCUCCUCCCUCUCUUCCCCAUCCCUUUCCAUUCCCAAAUCCUUCGUUGGUCUCCGCAAACCCUUCCAAUCGGCGGUUCCAAGGUCAUCUUCCCUCUCUCGCGCCUCCUCUCAUUCCAGGAAGAGCUUCGUCGUUAGGGCUUCUAGUGAACUACCACUAGUGGGAAAUGUGGCUCCAGAUUUUGAAGCCGAGGCUGUUUUCGACCAGGAAUUCAUUAAGGUCAAACUCUCUGACUAUAUUGGGAAGAAAUAUGUUAUUCUCUUCUUCUAUCCAUUGGACUUCACAUUCGUUUGCCCUACAGAGAUUACUGCUUUCAGUGACCGCCAUGGAGAGUUUGAGGCCCUAAACACAGAAGUAUUGGGUGUUUCUGUUGACAGUGUGUUUUCACACCUUGCUUGGGUACAAACAGACAGAAAGUCAGGUGGUCUUGGUGAUUUGAAUUAUCCACUUGUCUCUGAUGUUACCAAAUCUAUUUCAAAAUCUUAUGGUGUGCUAAUUCCUGAUCAGGGUAUUGCCUUGAGAGGACUCUUCAUUAUUGACAAGGAAGGUGUAAUUCAGCACUCUACAAUUAACAAUCUUGCCAUUGGUCGCAGUGUUGAUGAGACUAAGAGAACGUUACAGGCCUUGCAGUAUGUGCAGGAGAACCCAGAUGAGGUUUGCCCUGCUGGAUGGAAGCCUGGGGAGAAGUCCAUGAAGCCAGACCCCAAGGGCAGCAAAGAGUACUUCUCAGCCAUAUAAAGAGGGGCUUUUACUUGAUUGCCUAUUUCAUAUGAGUGUCAAUUAGGAAGGUGUAAUCUAAUUUUGUUUGUCAGAUGUCUUAAGUUAAUUUUUGUGAAUUUUGAGUGAAUCUGUCGAAAUAAAUGCGGUGAUUGGCACUUGCCCAGAUUUUCUGCA